AAAAAAAAAAAAAAACAAAAAAUGGCUCCUACUAUCCUCGUCGUUGGCGCAACUGGUAACACUGGCAAAAAUGUCAUUCACAACCUUCCCAAGUUAAUCCAAUCAUCAAGCAACUAUCGUAUUCUCGGUCUUACUCGCUCCCUGAACAAUCCCGUUUCCCAAGAACUGGCCGCCAUUCCUCAAGUUGAAAUGCAAGAGAAAGAUUGGACAACCAUUGACGCGAACUGGCUCAAAGAACAAGAGGUGGUCAGAGUAUUUAUCGCUCCGCACAAUUUGCCCCAUCAAUUCUUGGAUGAAUCCGCAUUUUACGUCGCUGCUCUUGAAGCAGGUAUUGAAUAUCUCGUAAAGAUUUCAACUUCUGAACAUUUCAUCGGUCCCGCCAGCCCAGUCUUCUACGGUCGCGCACAUUGGGCUAUUGAAAAAAUGCUGUCUCAGCCUGAAUACGAUGGCUUGAAAUGGACAUCUCUCCGACCUAAUGUCUUUACCACUGCUUACCUCACCACUGUUGUGGAUUGGAUCAAAAACUACCGCAAGAACGGAACCAAAGAUCAUUUGAAGCUUGUCAUGGGCGCCGAUACACCUGUUGCCUUAGUCGAUCCAGAUGACGUUGGCACUGUCGCUGCCGUUUUACUUACACUGGAAGACCCUUCUCCCCAUAAUCGAGCCAUGUAUGUUAUUAAUGGUCCUGAAGAUAUUAACGGAAAGAAAAUUGUGGAAGCUAUCGAAGAAAUCUCUGGUGCCAAGGUGCAAGAUGUUGAAUACAAGAAUACAAGCAUCUUCAGUUCUUUUGGUAAAUUGUAUGCUUCUAUUUACGCUGCUACUGAAAUUGUCUGGAGCGGACAAUUUGGACUCACUGCAAGUCCAACCAGCGAAGAAGUCAUCAAACUCGCUCGUCCUGAAACCAACUUAGUAGAUUCUUUGAAGAAAAUGUUAUUAGAGUGAAUUUAAUAAAUAUAUUAUUUCGCAACUAUUUAAUUUGUGGUUGUGGUUGUAAAAAUAUAAA